GGGUAAGGUGUUUGUUGAUGGUGGCCACAGAAUGCACGAGGAUGCCUGUGCUGGUGAAAAAUACUUUCCUUAAAAAUGAACGCACACUCUCAAGAAAAAUGGUUGAGAUGGUGAUGUCACUAGCAUUGGAGAAGACAAUGUUAAAAGGGCAAAUAUUGAGCUGCUAUAUGAGUAAGAUAUACUGGGGACAUGGAAUUUAUGGGGUUGAAUCAGCAUCAACAUUCUAUUUUGGGAAGCAUCCAUCUUGUCUAAGUUUGGGGGAGUCUGCAAUGCUUGCUGGGCUAAUACCUGCCCCAGAACUUCGAUCGCCGCUCAGGGAUCCUUCCAGAGGAAAAACCUUCCAAGCCAGAGUUUUGAAGAGGAUGGUGGACGUAGGCUUUCUUGAUUUUGAAACAGCACUUUUUGUCGUGAAACAGUAUCUUCCUCUGCAUGUUACUGAGUCAGAAGCACCUGUUGUCUUUCUCCCGGGAGUAGGUACAAACUCCAAAUUGAGGGACAUAUGGGACUGGGAAACAGAAAGCAAAAUCUGGGAAGCAUGUGAGGAUAUGGAAAGAUGGGCCCUCAAGGUCCGGGACGGAGCCUCAGCAAAACGUUCUUGUUCUCAGUAUUAAUUGUGAGUGUUCCUACCAUUAAACUGGUUCUUCUGGUCCCUCUUGAAGCUUUGUUGCACAGAUUUUACAGUAUACAUAGACUGGACCACCUCACAAGCAAUAUAUUACCUUCGAAGUCUUGUCUUCAUCGCCACCUCCCCUCUC